AACUGUAAAUUGUGGUGUGGGUCGUGAAUGUACUUCUUUCUACUUGUAAAGAAUGUCAAAAAUUACUCAAUAACAAAAAUAGUUUUUGUGAAAACAUCUGGAAAAUUGAAGAAGAAAAAGCUUGUGGAACAGUUCCGCGUUUUAAAUACAUUUGUGACAGUUUACUAGAGUAACACAUGUCAUGUAAAUAUUCAUAGAACUGCUUUUAUAGAAGAAAAGAUGCUACAAAGUAAUUGUUGUCAUUCAACUGCUUUACCGUAUGAAACAUGCUGUUUCUGUAAUUCAGUACCAGAAAAACUCUUGGAUAUUUGUUUUGACUAUGUUAAUAAGCAUCUUGAAACGAUUUGCAAGUUAGACUCGGACACAGGAGAUUUACAAUUAAUAGAUGGUCAUAUUUUUCCAGUAGAAAUUUGUGAACGCUUGUUGAAUGUUCGAUCCGAUAGCAUUACACCUGUUAAUUCUAAUUUUAUUAAGAUAUUUCAAAACACCGAAUGCACUAGAUUAAAGAGGGUACGAUUAAGGAAAACAAAAAUACAAGACCAUGACUUAGAAAUCUUAUUAAAACAUAAAUUGAUAGAGUUAGAUAUAUCUCAUAGCCCCAAUCUAACCUCAAAUUGUAUAAGACAUAUUACGGAAUAUGGAACUAGUCUUUUGUCUCUUUGUGUGGGUGAAAAUACUGAAAUUUUUCCCACCAACAUUUAUGGCAAACUACGAUUCAAUGAAGAACAAUACGAUAGAGGUUUCAUAUUUCUAACACCUAAUUUAAAAAGGUUAACAUUAAAAGGUUUAAAUUCAUUACAACCAGAUUUUUAUAUGUUACUUUUAAAUCCAUUGUCGACAUUAACAUAUUUAGAUUUAUCCAAUUGUAGUGAUUUACAAGAUUUCGAUUAUACUGAACAUCUUGUAAAUUUAACUUCUCUUGUUUUAUAUAAUGUAGACGGUAUUGAUACCAAGGUACCUGCUAUUUGCAAAUUAACAAAUCUCCAACAUCUAGAUAUAUCUCAAUCGAGAGACGAACAAGGAAAAUAUGAGAAGGGUACUAAAAUCCUAAAAACACUAGUUGAAAACUUGCCUAAGCUUACCUCUCUAGAUAUUUCGGGAACAAAUUUAGCGGGGAGAGGUGUAGCAGAAACUACUAAUGGUCAUGCUUCGGACAUACCAGGUUUAAGUUCUAGAGUUAACAAUCCAUUUCAAUAUUUAGGACUAUAUGAAACAAGUCAUGACGCCUGUUUAAGACAUGAUAUACCUGCGAAACUGAUCGCUGGAAAUGCCAAUGAAGAACAGAUAUUAGUAGCUGCUUUGGCUUAUUUGGAUAGGACCGAAAUGCUGCAGAAGGUGAUGAAUGAACUGUUUCACUUAUUCCGUUUUGAAAAUUGCCAAUAUGUGGGUCAAGCACUUAAUAUCGUACUAGAAGCUAUGAACAGGCAUUUGUAUGAAAGACAUAUCCAAAUAUCAGCAAGUGCAACAUUAUUUUAUAUAGUCAAAGGGUUUGAUAGACAAUUACAUGACGUGAAAAUUAAAAGAAGAAUUAUAACAACCUUAUUAAAUGGUAUGAGCAUUCAUAAAAACGAUGAUACUAUGAUGAGAAACGGCUGUUUAACACUAUGCCAGUUUCGGAUACCUAUUGACAUACUUUUUGAUUAUGAAAGGCUUGCCAAUAUUUUACUACAUUCGGUCGAUGGACUGGCUCAAGAAAGUUUUGUGCAAAGGAUUGGAAUAUAUUUGCUUAAUUCGUUGGCAUGUCAAGUUGAUGGCCAACAGAAGGUCAAAUUAGGCGAGUUAGGAGCAAUAGAUAAAAUGAUUUGGUUAAUAACAGAGCGAUUGGAAAGAGGGCUGUGCGAUGACGUACUAGAAGUAGCUUGGUCCACAAUGUGGAACGUGACUGACGAAACGCCAUCAAACUGUAGACGGUUUUUGGAAAAUAAAGGGAUGGAACACUUUUUGUCGUGUCUUGAGAAGUUCACCGACAAAGAAGAGCUGCUUCGAAACAUGAUGGGAUUGUUAGGGAAUGUAGCAGAAGUAAAAGAACUACGACAUUACCUAGUAACACCAGAAUAUUUAUCGGUUUUCUCUAGACUUUUAGAUUCCCAGAGCGAUGGCAUUGAAGUUAGUUACAACGCAGCGGGUGUUAUUUCUCACAUCGCCUCGGACGGGCCUCAAGUGUGGACUGUGACUGAACCAUCUCGAAAUUACGUUCUAAAUAAAAUGGUGUUAGCCAUCGAUAGGUGGGAUUUGAAUUCCCAGAGAAACAUAAAUUAUAGGUCCUUCGAACCCAUCCUGUACCUUGUGAAGGUUUAUCAUACGGCCGAAUGCCAACGUUGGGCCGUUUGGGCUCUGGCAAACCUCACUAAAGUAUACCCGGAAAAAUAUUGUACAUUAGUAGAAAAAGAGGGUGGGCUACAAUUGCUGGAAGAUUUAAUUCACCAUCCUUUGCCUCCGUUAGCCGUAAAACAUUUGGCAGCAGUCGUAAUAGAAAAUUGUAAGAAAUUUCAAGAGAAUGGUUGGCAAAACGUAGAUGCUUUAUUAGAUGGGUGAAAUAUUUUACUACAUAUUAACGAUUGUUAUAAAUACUCAUCAGGGCAAUGUAAAAUUUUUUUGUGAUUAUUACUGGAACACAAAAAUGUUAAAACUUUAUACACUAUCACAAUUUAUGUGGACUGUUAAUUAAUUUUGAAUUUAAUGUAAAUAGUUUAUUUACAGAUACGUAAUGUAUUUUAUUAUAUUUAUUUUAUAAUCUAAAGUAGAAUUAUGUGAUUUUUAUU